GUGAUCUUCUAACAAACAGCUGUUGCAGCUGCAGAGCGGAAAAAGGAGAAAGCUCAGGAGCAACAGCAGCAAUCCGACCCCUGCAACAGCUUUUCCUCACAGGAGAGCUGCUCCAUCCCUCUGAUCAUCAUUGUUGACCCUCCUCUGGACUGUCUCCAACAGGUCCUUGUCUGUCCUGUGCAGGGACCCCAGAGCUGGAUGCAGCACUGCAGCUUUACCAUGAACACGUACCUGUUUUUGUAUGACUUAAUGCAAUUCUGUGGACAUUCUUGGAUAUUUACAAAUAUGAUCAUCAGGUUCAUGACAUUUGGAAAAGAGUCACUGGCUGACACGUUUCACUCCAUAGGAUUUGUAAUGCGCCUUUGCCAGUUGUUAUCCGUACUGGAGAUCCUGCACAUCCUCAUCGGCAUUGACAAAAGCCGACUCCUCCCCAGGUUUUUGCAGAUCACAGAGAGAAUAAUUGUUUUAUUUGUCGUGAUCAACAGCCAGGAAGAAGUUCAAGGGAAAUAUGUCGUCUGUGUUUUAUUCUUCCUUUGGAAUUUAUUAGAUGUGGUCAGGUACACUUACAACAUGUUGGCAAGGAUGGGCAUAUACUACCUACCACUAACAUGGCUCAACUUCUCACUGUGCAUCCCACUUUAUCCCCUUUCAGUUCUGGCUAAAGGAUUUGCAAUUUGUGUAUCACUGCCUUAUUUUGAAUCCUUUGGCACAUACUCCAUCAAGCUACCAUUUCCAUUCACCUUCUCAAUCUACUUCCCCUAUGUUCUGAAAAUGUACCUGCUAGUGCUCUUUGCAGGUAUGUGCUUUAUCAUCCGGAACCUCUUCUCUGAGAGAACAGCACACCUAGGGACAGGCAACAUCAAAAAUAAAAGAAGCUAAAUUGGUAUUUUGUUUGGAGGGACAGAAUAUCUUACUAGGGGAUUGCUGCACAUCAUAGCUAAAAACAAACUGGAAGAAGAUUUCUCAAUGCAAAACUCCUCUGUAUGAAUGUUAUCUGGCUGUGUAGAAUUUUCAGAAAAGGCAGAUCUUUUCUGAGUGCACCUCAGAAAAGGAGCAACUUUUGAAAACUUUGAAUGUUUUGACUUCAAGUGCCCAGGGUUUUUAAAAUUACUUUUUUCUAACAUAUGUUAUAGAAUUCUGAAAAAAUUGAAGAGUGCCGUAACUCACAGCCACACUCUUAUUUGACUGUUAAUUCUUAGCCCAUUAGCUACAGAUAUUUUGUAAUUACAAUAUCAUUUACUCUGUAAGAUUACUUUAUACUAGGUCAACAUGUACGUACCUCACAUAUAAAUGCUAAAUUGGCUGGAACUGGUAUCUCUCAACCCUUUGCAACCUAGAGACUAACAUGCAGAUUAACCCAGGUAUUCACUAAGGAUCCUUCACAUUCAGGCCCCAUCCUUCAGUUAUCUAACGAAGGUUCCAGAAAAUGCAGAAAGGCAAGUGCUAAGGUACUAAUCUACUAUAUAUUCAAGGGAAUGUUUAAGGGUCAGAAAUAAACACUUAUCAUGUGUUUAGCAUGUCAGUCUCUUCCCCCACAAUGAUUUUCUUCCAUACUGAACAGUAGACAGAUACAUGCAAAAGAAGUGUGAUGCAGUCAGGCCAAAUAAUAUGUUGUUCCUAAAAGGGAACUGAAUUACUUUCAAAAGCCAUGUGCAAAAUUCUAGGCAUUUUACUCAAUUGUAUUGCUCCUCAUACUUCUCUAGGAUAAUCUGUGAGAAUGCAGCUAGAUCAUAGGCUUUUCAAAGAUUGGGAAUGAGGAAUAUACACAGCAACCCAGUGGAUUAUACAGGCAAAAAUAGCCAAAUAAUUCCUUAGAGGCUGGCAGGAGCUUUUCUGAUGUUUCAACUGUAUUGAUUAUCAUCUACAUUUCAAUUGAAGCAUGUGGGUGAGAAAGUAAGAUUGCUUGGUUUUUUUUUUUAGCUGAAUGAAAACUGUGGGAAGGGAGCCUAGAUAACAGGAGUAGAAGCGAAGGUAAUAUUUAAAGGGAAACUAAACACUGUUACAAUAUGAAGAGGCUUUUGCCUGUGUGACUUUUCAAACCAUGCAGCCUAAGAGGUUACAUAAGGAAACAGUGAAACUACAGUAAUGUGUUAUGAAAGGUCACCUACUAUAACUUUUAUUUAAUACAUGUGGCAGACAAGGUGUGCAGACUAUUUUGACCACUGAGUACUUACAGACCAUAAGCAACAAGAUCACACAUAGAAUACUAUAGUCUCAACCCUGGAUUAGUUUUUUUCAAACCAUUGCAAAUUUGGAACUGAGUAGAGAAACACGAGUGCUUGCACUUUGGGUUUCUGUCGGACUGAAACUAAUUCAACUGUGAACAGUGUGAAGAAUCAUAUAAAGCCGCUGAAUAAGAUGACAGUUUUGAGGACAGCCAGAGUAGUCCACAUGAAACCACUAUAUAACUUGCAAAAGUUGAAACAUGAACAUAUUUUCCUUGGAAAUUCAAUCCAACAUGCCAGAAACAGCUGGUUCCAGCCAGUUGCAAAAUUGAGCUGCUGAAGGACACUGCUGAGCCAGACAGCAAAGAUGAUGGCAUGGCAUCUCUCUGAAAACUUAAGAAAAGGUAAGAAAUGUUAUGCAACAGCUGCAAGAAAGAAGAGUAAGAAAAAUGUAAGAGAAACAUCUCUGUAGACACCAAGGUCAAUGGAGAAGGAGAGGAAGAGCUACUCUAGGUACUGCAGCAGAUUCCCCUGCAUGCCAUGAAGACCAUGGUGGACUAGGUUAUCCUGCGACCCAUGGAGAAACACACCUGACAAGAUAUCCACAUGACAGCCAGGGGAGGACCCCAGGCUGGAGCAGGUGGCUGUGCCCUGAGGGAAGCUGCAGCCCAUGGAGAGCCCACACAAGCAAAGCAGGAAUGUGGUCCAUUAGGAGCCAACUGAGACAUCUGUUUCUUAAUGGACCUUUCCCAUGGAAAGGACCUAUGCUAGAGCAGUGCUUGAAGAGCUGCAGCUUGUGAGAAGAAAUCAUGAAGGACUGUAUCCCAUGGGAGGGACCCCAUGCUGAGCAGAGCAACAGUGUGAAGACAAACAAGCAGCAGAGAUUAAGGUUUAUUACCUAAGUGCAACCCCCACACCCACCUUGUACUGCUUGGGGAGGUAGGAGGUAGAAAACGCAGGAAUGAAGGAGUAAAGUGAGCCUAGAAAGAAGGGAGGCAUAGGAGAAGGGAAUUUUAGUUUUGCCUUUUUUCUUUCCAUCCUACUUUAUUUUCAAUUGGCAAUAAAUUUUUCUUCCACAAGUUUAAAUCUGUUUUUGUGACAGUGAAUAGCAAAUGAUCACUCUGCCUUUAUCUUGACCCAUGAACUUUCUCAUCCUAUUUUCUCCCUGUCCUGUUGGAGGAGGAGGGAGAAUGAAUGUCCUGUUGAAGAGAUAGGGCUGAACAGACAUCUGGAAGCUAUCUGAGGUCAAACCUAUCACAGAUUAAGCCAUGUUUAUUGUUUUAUGUUAAAAAAAAUGUUGUGUCUUGAGUCUUACAGCUGGGCAAAAGGCUGGAAUAGGAAAAGGAUUCUUUGAAAUCCACUACUGACAGGACCCCCAAACAUAAACUGCAUGAAAAAAGCAUGAAGAUCAUGACAGAAGACUUCCCCAUCUCCCUCUGGCACAAAGGUAACUUGGGGCAGGCAUUUGGGAGACUGCUGUCAGCCUUCCAUGUGUGGCCACAAAAGGCCACUGUAGCUUCAGCACCAAUGCCUCACCUAAGUUCCUGGAAAAGCUCAGAACUGGCUGGGCAAAAAGAUGUUUAUGACAGUGGCUUUCAUGACAAUGAGUUGUACUUCAAUGAUUAUAGCCUGACGAGGAUGGGAUACACCUGUCUAAAAAGGGCAAGAGAAGCUCUGUCAGCAGACAGAGCCAAUUUGGUGAGGUGGCUUUAAACUGAAUCACUUGGCUGGGGUCCAGAGUGGCAAUGCUCAUGCCCCUGCUUCCUCCUGGGAAGCGGGCCAUGCCAACCAGAGCAAGCUUGGCUGCCUCAUGAUGAGAGUCCCAGGGCUAACCCCAUCAGGGGUGUGCAUGGCUAUGGGAAUCCUCUUACACCCCUCCUAGGGAA